AUGGACUCAACAUCCAUCACCACGGUCACCACCUCCUCGUCGACGUCGUCGUCGUCGUCCUCCUCUUCUCAGCCACGACAACUCGACUCUCCUAGACCAAUGACCCCGGCAAGCCCAGCGGUCGAAGCUACAACAGCUUUCGACCAGCCGGUCAAACUCAAGAGUCGUCACAGACUACUACAAGGUCUCCAGCGCAUGUCUUCGUCUCCGUCUUUGGCGAAGCUAGGUCGCUCGCGCUCAAGCGAGAAGGUCUACAAGUCUGGCCAAAAAGCCUCCAUUUCUUGCGUCUCUCUCGGCUCUCCAAUCUCCAGCUACUCGCUUUCUCCUCCGAACUCAUACACUUCUCAGCUCUCCAAUGGCUUCUCGACUGCUCCGACUACCCCCGGCUCUCCUUGUAGCCAACAAUCGUAUUUCGAAUCCAAUCCCCGUCUGCGACCCUUAGACCCCAACGAAAUCACGACCGCUCCUGUGCCCAUCGACCUCCGAACCCCUAAACUCACGUCCAUUCCACUACCCGAGAUCUCAGAAAAGCCAUUCCCCCGACGGCCAGACUUCAAUUUCUGGAAGGAUUUACCACACGAGGUCCGGAUACAUGUUCUAUCAUUUCUGUCCCCAAAGGAAAUUAUCAAAGUAUCUGCAGUGUCCAAAGAAUGGCACGACAUGUGCUUUGACGGACAACUCUGGACGAGUCUCGACUGCCAGGGCUACUACCAGCAAAUCACGUCGGAAGCGUUGGUCAAGAUCAUGCUCAAGGCCGGAGCGUUUGUCAAGAACCUGAAUCUGAGAGGAUGUGUCCAGUUACGAGACCAAUGGUUGAGUCUGGGGACGAGAAUGACCAAUCAAGAGUGCAGGAACCUCGAAUCAUUCAGUAUCGAGGGUUGCAAGAUUGAACGGUCAUCCAUUCACUUCUUCCUGCUCAGAAACCCGCGUCUCAUACACAUCAACAUGCCCAGCAUGCAAAACAUCAACAACGCCACAAUGAAGAUCAUCGCCAGCCACUGCCCAGAGUUGGAACUGCUCAAUAUCGACUGGUGCUCCCAGAUCGAUACCAAGGGGCUGAAGAAGGUCAUUCAAUCUUGUCCCAACCUGACGGAUCUCCGCGCAUCCGAAGUUAGAGGCUUGGAUGAUAACGAUUUCAUGCUCGAGUUGUUCCAACGUAACAAUUUGGAACGGCUCAUCCUCCAACACUGUGACAGCUUGACCGAUGAAGCUCUGGAGAUCAUGGUCCAUGGCUCAGACCCUGACCGAGACGUUUUGACCGACCACCCGAUAGUUCCUCCUCGGCGUCUACGACAUCUUGACAUUUCAAGAUGCAGAAGUUUGACUGACAGGGGUGUGAAGGCGCUUGCUCACAAUGUUCCAUUAUUGGAAGGGUUCCGCAUUUGCCAAAACACCGCUUUGACCGAUGAUGCCCUGGAGGACUUGUUACAGACCACAAAUCGGCUAACUCAUCUGGAGGUCGAAGAAGUCGAGCUUCUCACGAAUGCAACCCUUAUAAAUCUGUCCAAGUCGAAAGCAGCCAAGACUCUUGAGCAUCUGAGUAUUUCUUAUUGUGAACAAAUGGGUGACGUUGGUGUCUUGCCCCUUCUGAAGGCAUGCCCGGAAAUCAAGUCUCUGUGUCUGGAUAACACCCGGAUCUCGGACCUUGUCCUUAUUGAAGCCUCCGAACAGGUCCGCAAGCGGGGAAGUACAACCAAGAAAUCCCAAUUGCCUAAAAAGGGCCUCGAACUUGUCGCGUUCGAUUGUGCCAAUGUCACCUGGGCAGGAGUCCGGGAAAUCUUGCAGGGUAACGGACGUGUCAUGCAAGGUCGGAAGAAGUCGGUGAUGCAGAAAACAAACCGGGUGGGUGAAGAUGGCGAGAGGGAAGAGGUCCGAAAAGUGGUGGAGAUCCAGACACUGCUCUAUCCCACACAGAUCAUUCACCUCAAGGCCUUCUAUGGAUGGCAACAAACCGUGGAAGAACAUUACAAGCGAUGUAUAACUGGCCGAUGGGGCGCUGCAGAUCGGUUGGAAGCCAAGUGGGCGGAAUGGAUGGUGGCCAGUGAAGAAGUGGGCGUUGCAGCGCAAGGAUGGAGUACAAGAAGGAGGAGGAGACGAGCUCGCGACGCCGAGAACAGGGUGAGGGAUGACGAGGAUGGCGCCGCUCCAGACACAGCCACUGGCGACGAAGAUGGUAGCGGGAUGGAAUAUUCUGCCGGUCGCGGGCCAAGAGGAGGACGUCGGAGAGCUAGAAGUGGCGGUUGCAUGGUGAUGUGA